GCUUGUUUCCUCUCUACCCCGUUGCCUCCUCCCCUUGAUUCCUUUCCUCUCCUGGCAUGUUUCUUCUCCUGUCCUGUCCUGUUUCCUCUCCUCGUUUCCUCCUCGCCAGCUGAUCUUCCAAACUUGGUCAUGUUCUUCUUUCUGCAGCCAAACACUUGCGCUUCAAACAACAUCACACACCCGCCCACACAGAGUCAGCUCUGGUCUUUACUCUUUCUAUUUCCACUCGACUCUCUCACACGGCGGACAUGGCUCGCUGCAGGAGUUACUUGCGAGGACUCUCCAUCUGUGUCACUGUGCUGCUACUGGCGUCUGGUGUGGUGAUGAUCGGCGCUGGAUUUUCUGCCGACGACAGCAACAUACCAGUCGCUGAGUUGUUUGAGCAGCUGUCCAGUAGCGAUGGUUUACUGGUCCUGCAGGUGUUUGGUCCGAUCACAGUGGUUUUGUCUGUUCUGGGCAUCUGUGCUGCAUCGUUGGAUCUCAAAGCUCUGCUGCUGCUGUUUUCUGCUUUGAUAUUCGUGGAGUUUGUGGCUCUGAUGGUUGUUGCCUCGCCGCUGGUUCAGGUCCAAGCACAGAUCGACAGCGCCUUUGACGAGGUAUUUCGGAACGUGACUCCCCUCCACAGGGUGGAGCCGUACAUCCAGUGGGAGCUCAACAAACUCCAGGCCUCGGACUCUUGUUGUGGUUUGAGGAGUUUUGAAGACUGGGAGAAUCAACUUCCUGUCUCCUGUUUCUGCACACCUGCCUCUGACCGACAGCCCAGCUCUUCACCUGGUAACUCCAGCUCAGAGGAGCCCUGUGUGUUGGUGGGUGGUGACCUUUACCUUCUGACCCCACAGGGUACAGAUAAAUUCUGGGUUCACUCCAAGCCCUGUGGUCCCAUCCUGAAGAGUUACCUGAGCUUCCCCAUCAAAGUCCGGAUAGGGAUCAUUUCAGCCUUUGCUACCAUCGCGAUGGCGGCCAUUGCUCUGUGUCUGGCACUGGGUCUGGAAAAAUAUUGGAAGACACCUCCAGUAGAAACUACAGUCGAUGAGUACAACAGAGUGAAAUACGAGCCCAAACCAAGCCUCACCUGACCUCCGACCCCUCAUCCAGAGCUGAGGCAUCAAUACAUAAUGCUUGUGAAGAAUGCAAGAAUUCAUUUAAAACCAUAGCAUCCGGGUAUCUGAUAAUCUCAAACAAGCAAACUAACAGUUGCUUACAACUGUGAUUUUUGUUUGUAAUCAAGAGAGUUUCUAUGGAUGAAGCAAACCUGUAACGCACACUGCAUCACGAUAAAGAAAACUUGUUGGCUUCACUUCAGCUCCAGAGAUAUCUGGGGGUCAACAAACAACCAAAAUGCUGGUAUUAAGUAAAGCUUCAACAGUUCCUAUAUCUGCUUGUGAACAGGGACUUUAAAACUUUAGCCAUGAUAUUUAUUGCCUUUUUAUUUUUUUUAUGUUUUGGAAAAUCAGUGCCAGUUACACAAGCAGCUGUUAAGAAAAGAAAAAACAAACAAACAAA